CCGAAUGAAACAGGUUCAUUUGGGGGAUGGUAUUUUUCAAACAGGAGGCGAUAGGUGGGACUAAUAUUUGGAAGCCUUUGAUUGGCUCUCUUUCCGACCCGCCAAACUUUGGGCUGUCCAAUGAAAUCAUGUAAUGGGUGUGGCCAACGACGCACAUCGUCUCCAUGUAAAAUUAGCAUAAAGGAGGGAAUAAUAGUGUCUGUCCGUUGAUAAAUACACAUUGAGUUGUGAAGUUUACAUCACAGAUCAACAUGCCUGAACCAGCGAAGUCCGCACCGAAGAAAGGCUCCAAGAAGGCCGUCACUAAGACCGCCGGUAAGGGAGGAAAGAAGCGUAAGAGGUCCAGGAAGGAGAGUUACGCUAUCUACGUGUACAAAGUGCUGAAGCAGGUUCAUCCUGACACCGGGAUCUCCUCCAAGGCGAUGGGCAUCAUGAACUCCUUCGUCAACGACAUCUUCGAGCGCAUCGCCGGUGAGUCGUCUCGUCUCGCUCACUACAACAAGCGCUCCACCAUCACAUCAAGAGAGAUCCAGACCGCCGUGCGUCUGCUGCUGCCCGGUGAACUGGCCAAACACGCCGUGUCUGAGGGCACAAAGGCCGUCACCAAGUACACCAGCUCCAAGAUCAUACACUCUCACUGUUUAUCUGUGAUGGAAUGAGCUUCUAACCUCCACAAGAUCUGCUGAAACCAUCUUUUAAAAAAACAGAAAACAUAUCUACUGC